UAUUCUGCGUCCAGUCGUUUAUGCGACGCAUGUAGCAAUGGCGGGCGCCAGAAAGAGUGCUCAACUUUCCUCUUUGGUAGACUAUGGGGGCGACACAGAUCCUGACUCUGACCCUGAAUCAGAUGAGACAGGAGGUCAUGUUGGGGCACUGGUGUAUCACUAUAACGAGGAUGACCUGAACCGAACAGAGGAUCUAGAUGACAAGGACUAUGGCGAUGAAGAAAGUAGAGAAAGCAACUCGGAAAUGGAAGAAUCUGACGAGGGGAGGGACGCAGAUGAUGUUGAGAUGUCGGAAGCAGAAAAAAAAGACCCCAAUGAGCUUGUUGCUCUAUUCUCAGAGAAGGUGAGGAGCAUGUCGCCUGAUGAGAUCAGGAUCCCCCCGGAACCUCCUGGACGCUGCUCCAGCCAACUACAGGAGAAGAUCCACAAGCUGUAUGAGAGGAAGCUCCACGGAGAUUUCGACAUAAACAACCACAUCCAGCAAAAGAAAGAGUUUAGAAACCCAAGUAUUUACGAGAAGCUCAUUCAGUUCUGUGGUAUAGAUGAACUUGGAACCAACUACCCUAAAGAUAUGUUUGAUCCUCAUGGCUGGUCAGAAGACUCCUAUUAUGAAUCUCUGGCUAAAGCCCAGAAAGUGGAAAUGGACAAACUGGAGAAAGCCAAGAAGGAGCGCACAAAGAUUGAGUUUGUCACGGGCACGAAGAAGGGCGCCAACCCCUCCAACACGUCAGCAUCCACCACCAGCAACAGCACCAACACCACAGCCACAGCAGAAGCCCAGAAGCGGAAAAGCAAGUGGGACUCUGCGAUCCCUGUGACCCUGGCCCAGCCCACCCUCAUCACCACCACCGCCAACCUGCCCGCCGUCGUCUCGGUGACCACCACCGCCAGCGGCACCAAAACCACAGUCAUCUCCGCGGUCGGCACCAUCCUGAAGAAAGCAAAGCAGUGAACGUGUUUCCUUUUUUAAGUAAGACGCCCAUUUCACACACGUGAGAACAAGCAGGGCGUGGACAAAUGGACAUGAUGGACACGUGUCAUUUUUAGAAGCCACAUACAAACCCUGCUACACAUGGACUGAGACUUAACUGCCUUUUAUCUCUGGGAUUGUUUCUGCACUGUAGCAUCACUAAAUCUGAUGAUGCGUGUCCAUCUCAUUUCUUUUCUUUUUACCGUAGUGUCACCAUGAACAUGACAUUGACCAAAUGAGGAAAAAAGGAUCCAAAAACACACCGUCAAAGAAAUAUCUGAAUUAUGUUUAUUUUUAUAUCCAUAGUACUGGUACAGUAUUUUCACACCACCCUCAACUGUGAGUCCAUCAUUUUAUUGUUAUUCAGCUUUUUGUUUCCCUCCGUCAGCAGGUCGUCUCAGCUCUGAAGAUUUUUUUUACACUUGUACAUACGGUAUGUAUUGAUGGCGAAUAAAUGGUUUAGAUGUUGCCUUUUCA